AUGAGUUCUCAACUUAUAGUUUUUGUUGAUAAAAAAUCAAAUAAAACUGGGUCAUAUUUAACCACAUUUUUAAUUACUCUUUUUAUUUUAUCAAUUAUAAUUAUCGUUGCAUUUGCAACAGCCUAUAUCAUUACAAUUAAUCAGACUGAAACAAUCAAGAAUGUAACGCACAUAUAUCUCAACAAUACCACUACUUUACAUUCAAAAAUAAUCAAAGCUUUAGAUUUUAUCAAUUCAACAACAAUCACCUCAUCGAUACCAUCCAUCGAACAAAAAAAUCAUGAACGUGAAAUUAGUCUAUUUCUUGGCGAAUCCAUUGACGCAAAACGAUUUAGUAAUUUUGAUCAUUCAAUGUUACAAUUUAUGCGUAGUAUUUAUGAACAAGUAACAUCUAAUACUCGAAAACGUCGUAGUAGUGUUUAUCAUCACUUAUAUCAAAUUGGCUCUGAUUUAUUAUCAAAAAAUAUUGAUUUUAUUUUAAGUAUGCCAAAUAGUGUUAAUCGUAUAUCUGAUCAUGAUAGUGAACGUUCUAAAUUUUGUCUACCAACAAAAUCAAAUUAUCCAAUGAAUAAACAUGCCUAUUAUCAUUUUGAUCUUGAUAAAUCAAAUCAUUCUCUAGCAAAUGUGAUACAUGCUGAUUUUGUUUUAUUUACCGCAAAACGUAUUACACAACGUGUCUACGUCAAUCUUUAUCGAAUUGUCAAUAGUUCAACAUGUAAAUAUAGUCAACCUCGUAUAGAGUUAAUUGAUCGACAAAAAAUACCGAUAAAAACUCGUCAUCAAUGGCUAAGAUUAAAUCUUACACGCCAAAUAUCUCUAAUGAAAUCUCAUUCCCAACAAUUCAAUACACCAUUACUCGUUACAAUUACAAAUUCAUUUGGUCAUAAAUUAGAAAUAAACAAAUAUUUAUCGUUAACUAACAAUCAAGGUUUUACUAUUUUGUAUUUUAACGUUUCAACAAAUAAUACCUCCAUCGCCACAACGAGAAAUAAUCUGUUUUCACAUGAAAAUAUCAGAAAACGUCGUAGUCAAGAUAAUAAUGAUAUAAAAACGAUCGAAAACGAUCAAAAUUAUUGUCAACCAAGAAGGCUACAAGUGAAAUUUGAAGAUUUAGAAUGGAAUGAUUUUAUUUUAGAACCACAAUCGUAUGAAGCCAAUUAUUGUGCUGGAAAUUGUCCAACGGCACAGAAUAUGAAUUCACAUUUUAUUAUACAAAAUAAAAUGAAUCGUCUUGAUUCCCGGAUACCACAGCCCUGUUGUGUACCCGCUGAAUAUUCAUCAACAGUUUUGUUACAUUAUGAUGGGCCUAAUUUAAUUCUGAAACGAUACGAUGAUAUGAGAGUGACAAAAUGCAGGUGUAUAUAG